AUGUGCUCGAUUCCAGGCGUGUUGCUCAACUCUCAGGACGUGCUACGGAAAGAAAUCCAGGCAAGGCUAUUCGAAUGUCGUCAGCCGAAGGACAGCAUCGUAUUCGUCGGACCGGAUGACGACGUUCGGAGCGUGAUCAUGUCCGGAACGAAGGGAAUCGCGCGUGUAUUAGAUGUGAUCGAUGGACAGGACAAGGUUGGAGUUGUUGUUGGCAAAAUAUUGAAUGAGGCCGUCAAGGCGAAGGAGAACUCGCUCCAGAUCGCAGAUAUCAAUUACAACGUCAAAGCAAUCGAAGCUCAACUCAGUGUGGCUCAUCCGGGUGUCCCAGACCCCGAGUGUGUUCUAUGCUUCGGACCCGCAUGCAUAAGCGUGGGACUCAUCCCAUGGCAACUAAAUCACUCCGAGAUCAUCGAACUCGACUCUCACCACAACAUACUCCCGUCACAAUUCCUCCAAGCUUUGGAAAGAUACGCGAAGAUAGAGAAACGAUUUGGGAAAUAG